AUGCCUCCAAUUGAUCCCGGAUCUCUCGUCCUAGUGACUGGUGGAAAUGGAUUCAUCGCGGCUCACUGUCUUGCAACUCUUCUGCGUUCCCAAUACCGCGUCCGUGCAACAGUGCGCUCCACAGACAAGGCGAAGGAAACUCGCAAAGCAUUGAGCGCGGCCGGUACAGAGAAUUUAUCAAACCUAGAGCUUGUGGUCGUGCCGGACCCGAAUGAUCUUAAAGCAUUUUCCAACGCGGUGCGCGACUGCCAGGCCAUCCUCCACUUGGCAUCGGCGUUUACCUACGAUGCGCGCCCAGGGGAGUUUGAAGAAAAGUUGAUGGCCCCUGCGCUGAAAGGGACACAAACUGUCUGCGAAGCUGCGAAACAACACUCCUCUGUUCGACGGCUGGUCAUCAUGUCCAGCUUCGCUAGCGUCUACGACGCCAGUUUGGGUUUGCAGCCUGGACGUGUCUACACCGAGAAGGAUUGGUCUCCACUGUCAUAUGAAGACGGGGUGAAUGCACCAGCUGUGCCUGUCGCAUACCGCGCCUCAAAAGUUGUCGCUGAACGCGCCGCCUGGGAUUAUGUUCGAGAGCAUCCGGUCCAAUAUCAACUAGUGGCACUUUGCCCUGGGAUGGUUUUUGGCCGCAUGAUCCAUCCCAUAGAGUCACUCUCCCAGUUGAAUGCAAGCAAUCAAAUUGUGUGGCAGGUCCUGAGUGCAGGCAAGGACGGGGAGUUGCCUCCAACGAAAGCGCCAGUGUGGGUUGAUGUUGAGGAUCUAGCGGAGACAUGUUUGAAGGCGCUGACUUUCUCUGCGAGCGGACACGAGCGAUUCCUGAUCACCCAGGCAUCUUACGACACUCAGGAAAUCGGGGAUAUUAUUCGUGCCAGACUUCCACAGAGUCACCAGAGGAUUCCAGUGGGAGAUCCUGGUAAGCGCAUUGCGGACACGCAUUAUUCGUGUGAUUCAGCGAAGGCGCAGAUGAUAUUGGGUGUUAAUUUACGGCCAUUAGAGGCGUCUAUCGUUCCAUUGGCACAUCAACUAUACGCCCUGGAAGGUCGCUGA